CGACCUUGAGACCACUUGGCAUAUGUAGGUUUUACCGCAUACUUACUUUUCAUGCAAGUAUGUUGGUACGAGGUUUAUCUGUCGUUAGCACUCCGAAAACUGCAUCGAAAAGUGAUGAUUAUCUAAUGGGCUUCAUUUUGAUGAUUGGAUAAAUAUUAUUGAGUUCAUCGGUGAGACUAUAAUUUAUGGACGAGGCAACUAGAUAUAAGACAACAAGAAUACUUUGGAUUUUAAUGGCUUAAUUUAUGAAUCAUCCUAUGAAAUACUAGUCGCUAACUAACUGUUGUAAGGGUAGCCUGUGUCACUGCAUGUUCCGCAUUUUCACAUGCUGCGCAGAACUGCUUCCAAAAUUUCAGUAGGAAAAUUUUUAGAAUGAUGGAGAAAUUCGAAAGCUGCCUAACCCACUCGCUGAAAUGAAGCACUAGAAUACUAAUUCUGUCAGCGAAAACUCACGCUAGCUUUUCUUUGUUGGUAAAUUAGUAGGUUCUUAAUAAGACAGUCUCCUUGAAAGUGCUCAUAUAAAGUUUGUCAGAUUUGUAUGUCAUGUCAUCAUGCAUCGAAAUGGGAAUGAAUUGCUUAUAAACUUCAAGUUAUUACUAAUUGGAGAUAGUGGAGUUGGGAAAUCAAGCUUGUUAAUGCGUUAUACUAAUGAUUGUUUUGAAAGUCAGCUAUCUGCAACUAUCGGCGUUGAUUUCAAAGUCAAACUUGUUACGGUCCCUGAUGGAACAAAGAUUAAGCUCUCGAUAUGGGAUACUGCUGGUCAGGAGCGGUUUCGUACUUUGACACCCAACGUGUAUCGUGGUUCACACGCUGCUGUUUUUGUGUUUGAUGUGUCGAAUCGUGAGAGCUUUGAUCAUCUGACCAGUUGGAUGGAAGAGUUAAAAACUUAUUCAGACAAUCCAAACAUGAUUAAACUUCUUGUUGGGAAUAAAAUUGAUAAUAUUUCCCGAGAGAUUUCUCGUGAAGAGGGUCUUCGUUUUGCCCGUUUAUACAGUAUGCCGUACGCUGAAACAAGUGCGAAAACCAGUGAAGGUGUUAAUCAGCUAUUUUCUGAUGUUGUUACUAGAAUUUAUAAUCAUUCUGAAUUGUGGAAUCAAGGAAAAAAGCGUGCAAUUAAUAAUUCUUCAAGUCGUGCUCACUUAACUGAACUUGAAGAUAAACAGACCCGUAGUGGCUGUUGUUCAUAAUAUUCGUAGAUGUUUUGGUAUACAUUCCUUACACUUUGCGAAUUCAUGACUUCACUUCAUUAUUGAAAUCUCUUAUUUUAUCCAACUAAAUACUAUAUAUGGUAUGCUAUAACGGUUUACUGUUAUUUUUUAAUAUUUUCUGAUAACAGUUUAUUACAGACUCAUUCUUUAAGUUUAUAGUGUAAUUCAGUGUAAGGCUGUGAUGUUAUUUG